ACUUUCAAAUUUGCCAAAGCCUAAAGUAGCCUGGUAACACCCUAUCCUAACCACAUACGGUCACACCGGUCAAGUCGACGACAAAAAUUUUUGCUGCACAAAAAAAAGUCGAAUUCCAAGCUUGAACCAUGCGUCUGUCCUCGAUUCUGAAUGGAGCCCACUUCGGCAAUCUGGCCAAGGUGCACGGCAUCGUUACCUACAAGCUGUCGCCCUUCGAGCAGCGUGCCUUUGCCGGAGCCAUCAGCAACGGUGUGCCCAACAUGAUCCGUCGCUUCCGCUCCAAUGUCUUUAUUGUGGCACCUCCCUUCAUCCUGGGAUACCUGAUCUACGAUCUGACCGAGCGCAAGCACCAUGCCCUGGCGCGCAAGAACCCCGCUGACUUUGAGAACGACGAAUAAUCGAAACCCAAAUAGCAAAUAGUUAUGUUAAAAUAAUUAAUAAAACUAGACCCACAGUUCAAGCGAGUUGUGUGUUUCGGUUGCAAUGCAGCGGAA